CACACACAAAUUGUGGUUUCUUCCAUUUCCUGUAGACGCAGCAAGAAGACCCGAGGCUGCCGUUAAAGCUACAGUUUUAACAGAACCCGCCAAUUAAUGACAAAGGCAUGCUCUAUGGAUAUUUUUUCACCGUCUAAUUUUCACAGUCUGUUUACCCACAAGGACGAAGACGGCGCUGGACCCAGUCUGAGAGAAGGGACAAUAUUUAAAGAAGCCCUCUUCUGCAUGAAAGCUAAAUCUCCAGAUCGUGCCUGAGAUCGCGGAUGGCAGCCAUCAGUCCCGCCAGGAGGGGACGGCCACUGGCCGAUUACGACGAGAAGGUAGACUACCGCGUGUCCAAGCACGAGUGCCUCAGGAAUCGCAACAACUCCACGUAUUGCCGUAGCCCUGGGCGACAGAACGAGGCGGAGAUCCAAAAGACUGAACUGCAGAAGAAAAGACAGCUGGAGUUUUUAAAGAGGCGGCAAAUCGAUGACACGGAGACGCCGUUAGUAUCCCAGGAGCUGAAAACCAAGGAGCCCAAAGUGACUCUGCGGGCAAACUCGCGCAGGCCACCCCUGCUAAACAGACGCUCAAUUGUAAGGGCGCAAGACCUCGGAAUCUUCUGGCCCGAUGUCCACUCCGUUGAACAGUGGGAGGCCGCGUUUGCGUCGCCAGGGGGUCUGUCCCCUAACCCCGCCCUACUGCCCAGCCCCGCUCCACGCACCUUCCCUCUGCUACUGAAGACCUUGGACAUACAGAAGAGAGACAGAGGAGUCCAGGCGACCAGCACUCCAGACACUCGAGACACAAGUGCACAGACCGCGCCAGGUCUCAUAACUGUUAAGGAAUCGGAUAUUCAACAGCUGACUGAUUACUUGCAGGAGGCGCUCCGGAGGGAGGAGUGUCUGAAAAAGAAGCUGGCUCUUCUCCAAUGCCACGCCACCUCCCUGCUUCAGUCUUCAGACAAGCUGUGGACGUCUCGCUGUGAUGAGGAUCUGAUGAGGAGCCAGAUCGGGGUGCUGGAGUCACAGCUGCAGAUCUGCACACAGAAGCUCUCGCGGGAUGGAGUGAAGAAGCUGGUUCUGCAGAUGGAGGAGCAGAGGCGAGCAUAUGAACAGAAGGCCCUGGCCACACUCCAGAGGGCCAUGGUGGAGAAGACCGAGGCGGAGGACACGGCGGAGAGCCUCCAGAUGUCGCUGCAGGCAGCGAGGGAGGAGUCUUCCCAAUGGCAGAGCCUGUAUGAGGACUUGAAGGACAACUGCGGCCAAUUGAGAAGCAACCAGGAGCUUAGUACUGACCUGCUGCACCAGCAGCAGAACCAGCUGGAGAGGGCUGUGGGCCAGGAGGCCAGCCUGAGAGAGCAGCUGGCGGCACUGCAGCACGAGAGUGUGGAGCUGCACUCCCGGAUCGCCUUCCUGGAGGAGGACAACCGGGUCAAGAUUGAGCAGCUACAGGAAAUGAGAGAGAAACUUUGUCGCUUUGAGGACCCCAGUUUAACUGGGAACGUCUUUCAAACCUCGAGCCGUGAAACGUGGGGCUCCAUCGCACAGCUGCGUGUAUCUGAAGGGAGAGCAGCGAUAAGCCAGCUACCUCAGGAUGGAGCCCAGCUUCAGGCCCUGGAGAAGCUGGGAAUGAAGGAGCGCGAGUGUGUGGAGUUGCGGGCGGAGCUUGAAGCCAUGGAACACGAGUGCCACACCUGCCAGUCGCGCCUGACACAGUGCCGUGAAGAGCUGAGACAGCUCAACGCCCGCCGGAGCAAGAGGCGCUGUAGCACCUGGCUGGGCGUGGCUCUGCUCCUGCUGCUGGUGGUUAUAUGCAUGGCCGUGCUGUGUGUCUACCACCCCCCCUUCGGCAACAGCCUCCAGGGCCUUUACAGGGUCCUACAGGAGCGCAUCGAGCAGUACCUCCAUGAAAUGGCCUCUCCGGAACUCUCUGGAUGCUACCGUCCAAUCUGAUGGGGGAACACCAAAAGAGAAAAGAGUCAUUCUCCAGAUUUUUUUUUUUACACUUUUUUGUUAAUUUAAUUUAUUUUUCUACCUUAUUGUUUUUAAUAGCAGGUGCAUUGUCACUCAGGGAAAACUAGUUUGUGAACUUGGCCUCCACCUCAGAGGCUUCCAAAUACAAUACAAAAUUCUGUUUUCUUAGUUUUUGUUCAAACAUACAUUUAUAAGUGAUUAUUUUAAGACUGAUAUUCUUGAUAUAUAUUUAUCGGUACUUAAGCUCCAGCUAUUUUUUUUGUAAAGAUAACUCAGGAAAUAUAUUAUUGUUUUCUGCUCAAAUGCCCUUCCCAGAUUUGACCAGAAUUUAGUGUUGUUUCACAAUGGACUCUUACAUUAAUUAACAUUGCCAGUUAGUGAGCACAUUGUUGGCAUUUAUUGGGCAGAAUUACACAGUGUUUGAUGUAAUGCUUUUGUGAAUUUACUCUUAAACAGAGUUGUGUUUUUUUCACUGAUUUUUAUAAAGCAAUGAAUGCAAAGACUGACUUUUAGUGUGGCUCCAAUCAGAGCACUAUGGCAGAGGUUUUACAGUGGAGUUAUAGAGGUUUUACAGUGGAGUUAUAGAGGUUUUACAGUGGAGUUAUAGUUCAGAAACGAAUGCACUGCUUAAGCAGCAUUACAUCUUUACUUCCAGUCAACAAUCUUAGCAAUAGCAGUACAUAAUAUUGUCAUAACGUCAACAAACUGCAGUCAUGUACUAACUCACUUGAUGAACUACAUGAACACAAUAAAAUGAAUUAGAAAGUACUUUCACUACCCUAACAUAUGAACUGGUUGCUCUAUUGGACAAGAAGAGAAAAGUGUCAUGUUUCAUUGUAGCACACGGGGCUCCAAUCGGCUAGAAUGUUAACGAUGGGGCCAUAAAAUGGGCAUGAAACAUUAUGUGUGCACUAUGGAUUUACAUAUAAUUACAUUUCAUUAUUGAUUUGAGCUAAUUCCUUGAGCCUCUGUUACAACAAUGUUUGUACUCACCCCUUUAAUUGACAAAUGCAAUAAAGAUGUGGAUGUGAUGUGAAAACAGAAAAAA